AUUCAGUAACGGCUUCUUAUUACGUUCGAUCCGACUCUGGAUUAAUAGGACCAUGUGACGCCAGGUGGACCAGAGCCAAUUGUGAAAGACCUGAAGUGACGAACCAUGACUUUACGCACGCGCAGCAAGGAUGUCACGUGACUUACUGUUCUUUGCUUUUCAUGUUCUUUUACAUCUAUCUCUGCUUGAGAUCAAAGUUGAGAUUGUAGCCCUCAAUGUCUCCAAAACAGACGAACAGAAGCUGCUGGAUGCAUUGAUGACCGGAUAUAGCAAAGAUACAAGACCCGUAUAUAAUGCGUCACAUCCGGUCAAAGUCUCUGUGGGAAUUACCCUUACCCAAAUUUUUGACGUGGAUGAAAAGAAUCAAGUGUUGACCACCAAUGUUUGGCUUGAUCAGGAAUGGAAAGACGAGAAGUUGGUCUGGGAUCCCAAAGACUACAAUGGGCUGGAGAUGAUGAGAAUCCCAUGCCGGAAAAUAUGGCUUCCGGAUAUUGUUCUGUACAAUAGCGCUAGUGACCAUAACGAGAAGUAUAUGGAGGCCUUGGCAAUGGUCGGUAACGAUGGCACAGUCUUCUGGCCACCAAUAGUGAAGUUUAGAAGCUCCUGUCUGAUGGAUAUGACCUACUUUCCGUUUGACGACCAAAUUUGUAGGCUAAAACUGGGAUCCUGGGCCUACACUGGCUUUCAAGUGGACGUCCUCAAUCGGUCAAACACCAUUGACAUGUCUAGAUUUGUAGAGAACGGCGAAUGGGAGAUAAUAAACACUGAGGCAAUUCGGAAUAAUGUAUACUACACGUGCUGCCCGGAACCAUUUCCGGAUGUGACGAUCACGUUACACUUACGUAGAAGGACUAUUUACUUCAUGUAUAACGUCAUCAUCCCUUCCAUCAUGUUGUCUAGCCUAGCCCUUCUUGGGUUCUGGGUUAAUCCUGACUCUGGGGAAAAGGUAACCCUCGGUCUUACGGUGCUGCUUGCUCUCUCUGUCUUCAUGCUGUUAAUUGCUGAAAACACUCCCGCCACGUCCUUCUUUAUACCACUUUUAGGCAUAUAUCUCAUAACUACGAUGUCCUUCACCUCUCUGUCUGUUAUCUGUGCAGUGGGCGUGACAAACCUUCACCUCCGAGGUCACGCAUACCCUGUUCCGAAUUGGUUGCGUAAGCUCCUAUUUUUAAUUUCGAAUAUUUUGUGUAUAAGGCUUCAUCAUAUAAGGAACGGAUUGUCACUUAAUAAUUCACCAUACUGGGACAGAAUCCCGGCGUCUUCCACUUUUGGAAAUCACUCCACUUCGAACGGUCGAAUUGUGCACGAUCUGGGUGAGGGGACGGUCAUUCAUCAUGACGAAGUACACAAAGAAGGGGCGGCCCCUAGCGAGAGAUUACUAAGGGAAGAUAACUCUGAUUCGAAUCACGCAUUACUAGAAACUAUAAAGUGCCUUAUUAACAAACAAGAAGAGGGUGAACGAGAGAAAAAGAUUCAUGACGAAUGGAAGGAAGUGGCAUUGAUAAUUGACCGUUCUCUGUUCGUUAUUUUUCUGCUGGGGAUGAUUGUAGCAUCUGUGUACAUUCUUGUUGUCUUGCCAUUAAGAAAGUUAGGGACGGUUUAAGUCACCCUGACAUGUGCUCUUUUGCCAACAGUUUGGAAAUAUUAACGAACGGUUAACUUCAUGCUAUAUUGUAUAAAUGAUAUUUUUAUUAAUAAUGUUGUUAACACUCUUGUGUUUGACACAAUAAAGCCGCACAAUUAAUAGGUUAUAAGUA